UGAAGAAUAAGUUAGAAAUCAUAUAUAUUAGCUGUUUGUAUAAAUUGUGUUGUCUUUUUUCUAUUAACGACAUCCGAUAUAGCAAUGCAGCCAUUCGUCUGGACUAAAAACUAAAUGGGAUACAUCGGACACUUCGGAUUGUCAUAUAAGCACAUAACAAAUUUGUGGUUUUUUCAAGUAACAUACACACAUUUGACCAAAAAACUUUUUUACAUUGCCUAACGUGUCACUCACUGUUGAACAAAUUGUCAAAUAUGACUACAGAAUUACUCUCUGCAUUAUUGUAGGCCAUGCUAAUUAGCCAACAAUACGCAGGAGGUUACAAUAUCAAUUUGAUUGCUUGCUGGCUGCUGUUACUCCUCUAUCCCGUGAAAGUUUCAAGCGGAUUGAACAACUGCACAUUCAUCGACGGACACAUUCUGGAGUUUGUGUGCCACGGAUGGUUUGAUCGCCAGCUCUAUCUGCUUUACAAAGAUCGUCAUCCAGCCCUUAACACACCAUACUCGAUUUGGCAGCGGGCCGAUUACAUUGGCUCCUCAAUGCUGCUCAUUGUUUUUUACGAGAGCCCGUUAACUAACUGCUACAAUCUGGUGUACAGUGAAGGCGACUUCUACUGUAAUGGUCGAAAUUAUCCGAUGGAUCUUCAAGGUACCUUUCGAGUGAAUUGUUUACCCUUUCAAUUUACCUACUCAGAUGAACUGCACAAAAAGUGCCAUAAGAUUAAGAAGGGACGUUCGGCAGAAACCAUUUCCUCGGUCAUCGUCUACAUGGAGUCAAAUUUGAUAAUGCAAUCAAGAUCUACGAAUAAUCAUUUUUGUACGAAUCUUCUUCUUGUGAUACUUUUAUUUUUGCGCUUACAAUUUUAGUUAAAGAUGAAAUAAAAAAUCGUCUA